AUAAAAUAUAACAAAGCAAUAAAUUAUUAUUUAAAGGACAAAGAAAUUUCGAAAUCUGGGAUAAACUUAAAUAAAAUCACUACAAAAUAUAAAAUAAAAAGAAAAAUACCGAUCUGUCAGUGUCACUGUCACUUAAUAUAACCUCAGUUUUCAAGGGAACACAUUUUUUCAAAUAUUUUAAAAAUGAAAUUGGAUAAAAUUUGUCGCACGUGUUUGCUCGAAAAGGCCAGUCUGAAGCCGUUAUUCGGAGCUUGUGUGGCCAAUAUGUUAAUGUCGUGUGCCUCAAUUCAGGUAAUUGAGGGCGACGGUCUCCCCUGCCAAAUUUGCACGCAGUGCUUGCAAAUGGUAAACAGGGCUUACAGUUUUAAACAGCAAUGCGAGAAAUCCGACGCUUCUUUGCGACAAUACAUAAACAGUGUCGGUCUGCAAACUGUGUCUUUGCAAGCAGAGCCCAAUAUAAUGAUCGGUGAUAUGAAAGCUGACCAGUUAUUCGGCAGCAGCGAGGUUUUACAACAGUCUUCUAUUUUCCAAGAUAUUUUUAACGAUGCUACGUCGCAUUCCCUGGUUGAUAACUUUACGAAUCAGAAUGAUAGCACAGUGGUGUCUGACUUGGCCGAGACCAUGCAAAGUCUCCAGACUAUCGCAGAGCAGUGUUUGCCAGAAACGUGGGAAACUGAUACCCAAAUAAUGUCCUGUCAGAGCAACUCGCAAGAAACGAACUGCAGUACUUUUGAUUUAUCGAAUUUGUAUCGGUGCCAAUUUUGCGAGGAUAUUUUCAAAGAUGAGUGGACUCUCGGCGAGCACAUUAAAAUCCACACAGGUCAGAACAAAUAUUUCUGCUCCAUUUGUGGAAAAGGGUGCACGACCCCUGCCUUCUUAGAAAAACAUAUAAUGGAGCACUCGCUCGAUAAAAAUAAUACAGAAGAAAAAAAAUUAUGUAACAGUAACUACAUGUGCAAUAUCUGCGAUCGGACGUUUAGUGACCACAAAUUCCUCAAAAAACAUUUGAAAGAAAUUCAUUUUACGACGCUUGAUGACGAUUUGGCCGACGUUGAGCGCAAACACGUCUGCACAAUUUGCAACAAAAGUUACAAACAGAACAAGCUCUUAGUCAUGCAUAUGCGGUCACACACGGGCGAACGGCCCCUAAACUGCGAGGUUUGCGGGCGAACUUUCGCUCUGCCCAGCUCCUUAUACAAACACCGAAACAUCCACUGCACUGAGAAAAAAUACGGGUGCAACAUUUGCGGGAAAAAAUUCAACCAAUCGUCGAACCUUACGGCGCAUUUGCGGACCCACACUGGGGAAAAACCUUAUAUUUGCAAUCUGUGCGGGAAAGCUUGCGCGUCCAGCGUCAACCGUGACAUCCACAUGCGGACCCACACGGGGGAAAAACCCUACAAGUGUGCUCGUUGCAGCUGCGCUUUUGCAACUAGCACUCAGCUGAAAAAGCACAAUUUGAAGCAUACGGGGGAAAGACCGUACCAUUGUUGGCAGUGCGGCAAGUCUUUCAGACAGAAAGAAACCAGGGACACGCACGUGCGCUACCACACGGGGGAACGCCCCUACGCCUGCACCUUGUGCCCGAAAAAAUACAUCGCGGCGAGUCAUUUGAGGGUGCAUUUGAAAAAUCACAACAAUGAACGAAAGUAUCAUUGUCACAUUUGUAUGAAAAAAUUUGUAGAGGCCCGCAUUUUGAAAAGCCAUAUUUUGACCCACACUGGGCAAAAGCCCUACUCAUGUGAGUAUUGUGGAAGCCAGUUUUCGCAGUCAGGGUCGUUAAAUAAUCAUAUCAAGAACAGGCACAGAUGAUUUGUGAAACUGGAAUAAAUUGAUUUAUUUCUUAA